GCAGUGAAGGCUGGAGUUGCUUCCAGAAUGAAGGAUAUUUAUGCUAAGUUUGUGUCGCAGAAAAUCAGCAAAACCCGCUGGCGACCACUGCCGUCGGGCAGUCUGCAGACCGCGGAGAUCUUCGCUACGGGCUCUUGGGACAACGAGGAAAAUUCUGUUUUGCUGUGGUUAGUUGGAGAUGCUGGAAACGUGGACUCUGAUGGAGGGCUUGAAAGAGAGCAUCAGAUACUGUGUGACAUCGGACACCACGGUGAUGUCAUGGAUUUACAGUUUUUAGACCAGGAAAGAAUUGUGACUGCCUCGUCAACAGGAUCUGUGACGAUUUUCCUUCACCAUCAGAAGGACCAGACGCUCUCAGUCAGCCAUCAGUGGACAGCAGCUCACUGCCACUCUGGUCCGGGCAGUCUUUCCUACAGCAGUGCCCCGUGUACAGGCAUUGUGUGCAACAGCCCAGAAAUAGUCACAGUUGGGGAAGACGGAAGAAUAAAUCUCUUCAGAGCUGAUCACAAGGAAGCAGUGAGAACUAUAGACAAUGCGGAUAGCAGUACGCUGCAUGCUGUAACCUUCCUUCGAACUCCUGAGAUCCUCACGGUAAAUUCAAUUGGACAGUUGAAAAUAUGGGAUUUCAGACAACCAGGAAAUGAACCCUCUCAGAUAUUAUCACUGACUGGUGACCGAGUUCCCCUCCACUGUGUUGAUCGACAUCCCAACCAGCAACACGUCGUAGCUACUGGUGGCCAGGACGGGAUGUUGAGCAUUUGGGAUGUGAGACUCGGUACCAUGCCCGUGUCUCUGCUGAAGGCUCAUGAAGCUGAAAUGUGGGAAGUUCGCUUCCACCCCUCCGAUCCAGAUCAUUUGUUUACCUGUUCUGAAGAUGGCUCCCUCUGGCACUGGAAUGCUUCUGCAAAUGUACCUGAAAAAUCUUCGCUCUUUCACCAAGGAGGAAGAAACAGUACUUUUUUUUCUCACAGCCUUAGCGGCCAGGCUAAUGCUAACCAGCCUCUGCUAAGUUCCUGGCUCAGCACUGAUCCUGCCAAAGACCGGAUUGAAAUCACAAGCUUGCUUUCCAAUAAUAUUCUGCCUGUGAACAGCAUGGAUGUUUCGGGUUCCUGCCUGGUGUGUGGAACUGAUGCAGAAGCAAUUUAUGUCACUAGACAACUUUUUUCAUGA